AUUUUUCUAUCCAGAUAUCACUUUCUGUUUGCUCAUUUUCAGGCAUAACCUAAACAGAGAUUGGACCUUUGUCAAAGAACUAUGACAGACACGGUGGUCGAUUCACGCAACAAUGCGGCGGUGCAAGCCACCAACGACGACGCAUCCGCCAGUAAAUUGUCAUGUGUAAAAAAGAGUUACAUGAAAGAUGAUUAUGUUCAUUUAUUUGUGAGAAGACCCGUGAGGAGAUCUCCAAUUAUUAAUCGUGGUUACUUUGCCCGUUGGGCUGCUAUUAGGAAACUGCUCUAUCAGUUUCUUGACAUUGAGAAGAAGGCAGAUGGAGAUGCCCCAAUAAAGAAGCAGAUAUUAUCACUUGGAGCAGGCUUUGAUACAACAUAUUUUCAGUUGCAGGACGAGGGGAAAGCACCAGAUUUGUAUGUUGAAGUGGAUUUUAAGGAGGUAACUAGUAAAAAGGCAGCUCUUAUCGAGACUAACAGUCAAUUGAAGAAUAAACUUGGUGAAACAGCAACCAUAUCAAGAGAGAAAGGAGAAGUGGUCAGUGCUCAAUAUAAACUAGUCCCUGCAGAUUUGCGUGAUGUAAAACAAUUAAAUGAUAUUAUAUCUGUUGCUGCUAUGGAUCCAAGUCUGCCAACUUUUAUAAUUUCAGAAUGUGUUCUGAUCUACUUGGAUCCAGAUUCUAGUCGUAGAAUUGUUGGUUGGGCUUCUCAAAUGUUUUCUACAGCAAUAUUUUUUCUUUAUGAGCAGAUCCUCCCUGAUGAUGCUUUUGGGCAGCAGAUGAUAAGAAAUUUGGAGUCUCGAGGUUGUGCUCUGUUGGGUAUUUAUGAUACACCAACUUUACAUGCGAAGGAAAAAUUAUUUCUGGACCAAGGAUGGCAGAAAUCUGUUGCGUGGGACAUGCUGAGAGUUUACAAUGAUUUUAUUGAUGCUCAGGAGAGACGCAGGAUCGAACGGCUGGAGUUGUUUGAUGAAUUUGAAGAGUGGUACAUGAUGCAGGAGCACUACUGUGUGGCAUAUGCAAUCAAUGACAGCAUGGGUCUUUUUGGGGAUUUUGGUUUCGUUAAUGACAGCAGUGAGCUUCCUUCAUGAUGAGGCACGAGGACACUCUUCAUGGCAUGUAUUUGUAUUAUAUUUGUCUUCCCUAUUGCCAUGUGGUUGGAAGUUUUGUAACUGUUAAUACAUGAAGCAUGUGCCAGCUCAUUCAAUUGGGGAUGUCUGGUAAAAAAGGUUCUCAGCAACUUGUUUUGUAUCAGAAAAUAGCCCAAUGAUUAUAUAUAUUAUCCAAGAGAUUAUUUUAUUAAUUGAAUAUAGAUUA